AUCAUUUCCUUUCACUCCACCUGGACUCGCUGUCUUGUGGUGCUGCCUCUUUGCUGUUUGCUCUGUGUCAGAGAGGAGAGGCUUCAGCUCCACUGUAAACUACACCUGUGAGAAGAACAAAUGUACUUGGACUGAAUGUUGUAGAAUAUUUUAAUCCUUCUAAAAGAAACAUUUUGAAGUUUAUGCAUCUUUUUUUUUUUUAGACGGUGAUGUGAAACUGUCAAGCCCGGCACCAUCAGCAUCACCUUCCUGUUGUUUCACACACCACAAUGAGCAUGCUUCCUUUGUGAAAAUGCUGACUAUAAGAAAAAAAUGCUUAAGGAUUGGAAACCUUCAGUCUCCCUCAGCAGCCAACCUGGCCACGCUGCAGUCCUACAGGCCCCUUCUGAGCGACUAUGGACCUCCUUCUCUGGGAUUCUCACAGGGCUCUACUGGCAGCCAAGUGCCUCAGAACAAAUAUGCAGAGCUGCUGGCCAUCAUCGAAGAGCUUGGAAAGGAGAUCAGACCCACGUACGCUGGAAGUAAGAGUGCAAUGGAGCGACUGAAAAGAGGGAUAAUCCAUGCCAGGGGGCUGGUGCGUGAAUGCUUGGCUGAGACGGAGAGAAAUGCAAGGUCCUAGCUAAAAACACACAUUCCUCCCUGCAAGAAGAACUACCUUUCAUGAGGAAAACAUAAAACUUGCAUGGCGUUUCCUUUGCAAGGAGGAAGUAAAUGAACAAAGGAUGGAACAGCAAGCUCCUUGAGAGAGAGAAAAAAAUUACAGUAAUGCAAUUUGUGACUCCUGAGGGUUCUGGAGGAUCAUUUCAAUCAUUUGUGGGUUAUUGGAAUUAAAAUGAGAGGAUAACGUGUUUUUUAUGCCCCAUUUUUGGGAUCAUAGUUUUGACUUCAUAUUUAAAGCAUUGGUUUAUGCAUGCAAAUGGGCCCAUGGGUUUAUUGUAGACACAGCAUGGUGUGUGCAGGUGUAGAUGGAGGGGACUUUUUUUUUUUUUCAUUUUGUUUUACUUUUUUUUUUUUUUGAUAGUGAUUGGUCUGUUUUUCAGACCCCAAUAACACCUGGAUAAGUGAGGGAGGGACAGAGAUGUGCCAAAUCUGUUGAGGUUGGUUUUGGUAUCAAAGGGAGGGAAAAAAGGAAAAUGCUGUUAACUUGCAUCUUUGUAUGUAUUUAUUACUCAGUGUAAUAAAUUGUAUUUUCAA